AUGGCAUCAAUUAUCAAUUUGCAGAAACGGGCCUUGGAAUUUUCCUUCCUCAUCAAGAAUUCUGACGCCCAUUUCGUAUUUGCUCGUCACUUUAGUCGCAGCUUGAGGAAGGCUGAGUUUUUCUACACUUCUCUUCUCGAUAAAUCCACCCACAAAUUCAAUCUCACCCAAAUCCACAGCCAAUUACACGGACACGGGUUGCAGGGAAAUGGUUUCAUUAUUACUAAACUCAUCAUAGCAAGUGCGGGUUUUGGAGAAAUUAGCUACGUGCGCCAGGUGUUCGAUGAAUUUCCUAACCGGUAUGUAUUCCUGUGGAAUGCAAUUCUCAGAGGAUACUCUAUGCAUAACAUGAUUGAAAAAGUUAUUGAAGUGUAUUUUCGAAUGCAGCAUGCUUCUGUGAGCCCAAAUGCGUCUACAUUCCCGUAUGUACUUAAAGCUUGUGGUUGCCUUACUGCCUUGAGCUAUGGCCGGGCAGUCCAUGCACAAAUUUGCAGGCUUGGGUUGGGAGACGAUACAUUCUUGCAAAAUGGGUUGCUUUCGUUUUAUCUGAAGUGUGAGGAACAUGAUCGUGGCCGGGUUGUUUUUGAUCGUAUGAGUGUUAGGACUGUUGUCUCUUGGACUUCGAUUAUCACAUGA